AUGGCGCUCCUAAAUCCCACCUUCAUCUUUGGGGUGAUAGUGCUCGCAUACCUAUUCUCCUUUAUCAUAUUCGCCGUUCUCCGGAUCCUCACCGGCAUAUCUAUCCAGCGCAUCGGCUACUUCUCCUUGAGGCGACUCGCGUACACGCCGAAGGAUGGCAUAAAAAUCGAGAUCAGGGGACUGGGAUUGAACUUGCACCGGCCGACCUUUGCACAGCCGACAUGGGUCAGUGUCGUCCUUAGGGAGCUGGCAGUGACUAUCGACUUGAAGGCUGCAGACGGAGAGAAGGGCAGCGGUUCUGAUACGAAAAAUGGAACCAAUGGCACAGCGGACGGGGCCGGUGGCUCAGCUUGCGACUCCAAGCCAAAGAAGAGGCCCUUGUCGAACAAGACGAGCUUUACGCUUCGAAGAAGUAAGAGCUGGGAAAAGCUCACCCAUGCGAAGGAACGGAUCAAGCGCUUGCACCGGAAUAUCAACUGGAUCCGUAUGGUCGAUGUGGUGGCUACAAAUACCUCUGUGACAGUGUUGGACGUGGGGCAGAUUCAAGUUGGGAGCUUUACUAUGGCGGUGGAUACGCGGCGCAAAAUGGUAGACAGAGGGAGGAUGUUUUCACAUCUGAAGAUGCCCAAGAAAGAACAACGACCUGCGGAAUGGAUGCUUACAGUUCGGAGCGUCCUCUUUACUCCCGAAGGCAAGGACUCCCUCGAAGUACUCGAUCACGCGACCCUCAACGUUCAUGGACUGCUGUAUAAAGAAUUGGACGGACUCCGAGAUGCUGCUAUUUCGCUAAAGCUGGGUCGGGUACAUAUACCAUACGAUGACAUAAAUACUUGCAUGAAUAGUUACAAAGACUGCCGCAGGCCACACGUAGAGGAAAAGUCGGAAACGGAGGAUAUCUCUGUCACGGAUCUGAUCGAAGAGCUCGACAGACCAGGUAGCCGUGAACAGAAGCUCGUUCAAACCGUUUCUGACUCCAAGGAGUUCGCCAGUUCCAUUCUGCGUGGGAUCAAGGAAGUACAAUUCGCGGUCAGUUUCGUUGGAUUCUCGAAGAAAUUCAGCGCCGUACAGCCUCGUGGUUCACCCAUCUAUCUCAAUGCGUCGAUGAAAGAGGUUGGCGUAGCUCUGCACCGACUUGAUCAGAAGUCGCCGGCGCAUCGGAUGUAUUUCUCUUCUAAGGACGUUGCUCAUCAAGCUCUGGUGGCGGCACUGGCUAUUUCUGUUGGUGUUGACGAUGGAAAUGGGAAGUCCGAUAGACUGGCUUACAUACCAAUGGCAACCACAACAGUACGAACCACCCUUCCCUCAAAGACGGUGGAAUUCGCUCGGGACUGUAGUGCUGAUGACCGAAAUGCAAACAUCUUGUACUCGAAUGUUGUCAUCACUUCGCCGUCCAUUGAUCUGGACCCGAAGCACCUGCCUCUGAUUCUGGCACUCUUACAAUCCAAGCCCAAGUCUCGGAAAUCUACGCAGCCGCAAAGGCAUGUCAUCAUUUCAAGGCUACUGCCAAAAGCCAACGUCAAGUUCUCGAUGCACGAACCAGUCGUUCGAAUCGCGCUCCCACCUGUCGAGAAGGAUGCGGCUGAAGAUGAUUUCGAUUUGAUCAUCUCGUCAAUUUCCUCGGUAUCUUUGGACAUCGAGUCUUCGCACUCUGCAGUGGGAGAGCUUCAUUAUAGCCUAGGCUCGACGCUUAGAGUACAAUCCCACGAUCUGUACUACCAGACCUCGUCCGGAGCGCAUUUUGACCUACUUCAAACUGAAUCGUUGGAGCUGAAAGCUCAGCUCAGCGCCAACCCGGAAGUUCAAGUCGUGGCAACUGGCAACCUUCAAACCUUUUCCAUUCACAUGGUCCGCCCCGAGAUCAGUGAUGGCGUUCGCCAAAUCGUCCGUCAGUUACGGCUUAAUGUGGAGCCGACGAAGAAAGUACAUGCCAAGACAAACCGCAAUCCAAAUUUCAUUAGAGCAUUACCACCUUGGCUCUUGCAUUUUCAAAUCCAAGGCUCGGACUUCAGCGCGGAAGUUGCUGGUGUAGAUGAAGAUAUCUCUGAUGAUACAAGAGGCGUUGCUCUGCAAUUACAAUCAUGGACAACAGAAUACAAGGCACACAAGGUGCUCGCGGAUCGAAGAAUAUCACGUCGCAGAGCAGCAAGUCGGUCAUUGACACCAGACUCUGACAUGUUCUUGACUAUGCCCCAGUCUACCCGAAGAAAGCAUCAGCAGAAACAGCAUCCGACUGAUGGUCGACGUAUGGCUGUUUACAUCCGCGGCCUGGAGGCUUUCAUCAUCGAAUCGACUGAAAAAUGGGAGGCUGAACCUUUCGUUGCGAUACCGCGCUUCGAAGUCGCACUCUCAACUUCAAGUGAUACCCAGGGUCCAGUCUUCCACGUCAACUCGCAUGUGAAGCAGCUCCUUGUCCAGUACUCUCUCUAUCGCCACUAUUCUGCUGGAGUUGCUAUCACCGUCCUGAGGAAAGCUUUUGUCCGUACCAAAGCAGACAGGGAUGAGGAGCAAGCGAGGGUGUCGACAACAGCGAUGCGCGACGCUGAAUUGCUAUCCCCUGUCAGAUCUUCAGAUGAUUUUUACACUCGCGAUGCGCCGGAAUACCCGUUCACAGCGAGUGAGUUGGUCACUAUCGACCUCAAGGCGACGCUGGUCCAAGUUAAGGCACAAAUGCCUUCCGACCCAGCAGUGAUGGUACAAAUAUAUGGCUUGGAAGCUGGCCGACAUAGGUGGUCGCCUCCCUUCUUGCACGCCAAGCUUGCGAGACUUUAUGCGGACGCACCAAAAAUGAAGCAUGUGUGGGCAAGGCUUGUAAGUAUCAAAGGUCUGCGAGUGGACUUGCGUGAGAGCCGUCGGAAACGCAGCAACGGCCAAAUGGAGGACGAGAAGCUCAUUGACGUGAAAUCUGAGGCUAUAAGAUUAGCUAUCCCACAUCAGCUUGUUCUUCACAAAGUUUUUGACAACUUUGUCAAUACACUGAAGGCUGUUCAACAGCUACACCAUCGCUUUGUCACCGGUACAAAUGAGUACAUUCUCAACAAGCGUCCAGAAGGUCCGAAACAUCUGCCAAAAAUCUCAGUCCGAAGCAGACUUCUGCUUUUUGAGCUUGAAGAUGGUGCAUUCGAAUGGAAACUGGGCGUGAUAUAUCGCACCGGGCUAGUUGAGCAAUCACAGCGCCUUGCACGUGAAGCGGCAUUCAAAUUCAAGGCUAAGAAGAUCGAGGAAGAGGAAAUGCGCAAGGAUUCUUCCCGUUUCCGCAACAGAUCUGCUCACCCGCGGGGCCGUAGUACUCAAAGGGAUGCCCAUGUCCCGAAAAGAAGUCAGAGCGAGGACGAGGCCACUGAUAAACAUCAAUCAAGAGGUCAUCGUGGUCGCAAUAUGCGCUACGACCCUGAAGGCACCUGCGGAAUAUCAAGCUCAGCCAAAAUUUCUAUUGGAGAGGCCCAUGAGAGACUGCAGAAGUAUAAUUCAGAGAGCUGGAAGCGACGAAUUGACCGCGUCUACGGAAAAUUUAAAAGUGGAAUGAAGGAUAUUCGUGCUAUCUUCUGGGGAUCCGAACAGCUUGACGACAUGGUGGAUGUCGAAAAUAUACUUGAGGUACCUCAACGUCCGGCCCUGAUGGCUACCUUGAUCAUCGAUCUUCACAUCACGAUCGAUAAGCCGUCAUUCCCAAUGCACCAGCUACCCGACUUCAUCCAUCGCGUAGGGAAAGGCAUGCCCUAUGACAUGCAAUACUCGCUCUUGGUCCCUAUGCACGUCCAGAUAGAUAUGGGAGAAGCUCGAAUGACCCUGCGUGAUUAUCCUCUGCCUCUCUUGCAUGUUCCGGCCAUCAAACCUGGUCAGUCUACUCGACUACCUGCCUGGUCCCUAAAGUCCGAUUUUGUUAUCGCCGAAGAAUUCCGAGGCCGCGAAUCAACGCGGCAUGUUAAAGUCGAUAUCAUUCCGCCGAACAGCCCUGAAUCGGGGACGUCAAAUGUGGGCGGGUUCGCCAUUGAUGUCCGGAGAACGAUCUCGCCGGUCAAGUCAUACUCCGACAUCAAGGUUGAUAUCAAUACAGGAUUCCCCACGCGCAUAACUUGGGGUGCAUCUUUCCAGCCAGCUAUACAGGACAUGAUGAUGGUAGUCGAGACAUUCACCAAGCCUCAGGUUGAUCCAUCAGACCGAACUGGCUUCUGGGACAAGAUCCGGCUUAGUUUUCAUUCUCGUGUUAGCGUGGCAUGGAAAGGGGAUGGCGAUGUCCAUCUCAUGCUCAAGGGAACCCGUGAUCCAUAUUCCAUUACUGGCGAUGGUGCAGGUUUUCUUAUGUGCUGGCGUAAUGACGUUCGGUGGAACAUAUGCCGCGAGGAAGACCCAAGAAAGUUCAUGACCGUAGACAGUGGUGAAUACAUCCUCGCGAUUCCGGACUUCAGCCAUCAAGCCCGUUCGAUGUCGAAGAACGUUCUGGAUAGCGAUAGUGUGACCAGUGUGGAUAGUUUCAAACGUGGUGCGGCCUUCAAAAAGGUUAUCAUGAAGCUGUCUGGGAAUGUGCAGUGGCAAACCGGCUUGACGUUUGAACGGAAUUUGCAAGAAGACGGCAAACGGUCCUUCGAUUUUGAGCCCCAUUACAAUGUCAUUCUGAAGGAACCACAAUUUGCGAAGGGAUCGCCCGGCCAGGAAUACGACGCUUUCCGAGGAUUUAGGAGUAACCACAUACACAUGUCGAUUGCCGUCAGAGCACCCGUCGAACGAGAGUGGUCUGUAUCAAAUCUAGAAAACUCCAGUAGCUACAACACUGUACAUCUGACCCCUCGGUUCUUCUCCCACUUCUUCGCCUGGUGGUCGAUGUUCAACGGUACUAUGUCACUUCCCAUCCGCCAAGGUACGCUGUGGCCAGGCAUUGAGAAGUCCAGCAAGAAAUUUGGCCGGCACCUUGCUACGAUAAAGUACAACCUUCUUCUGGCUCCUCUGUUCAUCAGUCACAUAUACAAGCACAAGGAUGCCGAGGAUUACUCAGAAGACGUUGUCUCUGCCACAGGCUUGAAGAUGAGACUCGACAGCUUCAUGCUUGAUAUGCACCAACGUCGUGAGGAAUUUCCCACCCACGACAAGGGCCGCAAGACACAGGGCACAACAACUGGUAUGAAGAUGCACCAAGCGCAACUGGAUCUUUUGUCAGCCGAUAUCCGAGCUAUAACGGCCAGUAUCGCUGGUACAACCCCUGAGGAUUUGCAGAAGGCGUCCGCCUCUCAGCUUGUGUCCCAAGCGGAAACUCCUUCCAUCGAUCUGUCACGAUUUGAAAUCCCAGACAACGACUUCAGCUGGAUCGACAUGGAUGACUUUGUCGAACUGGAUUGGAUCCUGCCAUCUGAGGCAAAUCCAAAGACAAAGAUCAUGCCGCUGGCUUACACCCCUCGUUUCACGUAUUUCCGCCAGACUGAUCACGGCGAUACCAUUUCUGGAGACCCCGACAGAUCGAGCCCAUUUGGAAAAGAGCAGACACAUUUCUGUAUCAUGAGCAAGGAUGAUGACCCUCGUCGCGUUCAAUGCCAGCUGAUAAAAAGUCGCCUUGGGCAGCUUGAAACCCAGAUGGAGUCUCAUAACCAAGCUAUCGAAUACGCCGCACUUGAAUGCGUUAGAGAUGAUACCAAUCCUUCCCUGAGAGCAGAUUUCGAGCUACUAAGCAAACAUGGCAGUUUCCUGCGAGACAAAAGGCUAUUUUUAGAGUCGAUGCUGCGUCGCAUGGCCAUGCGCAUCCAUACGGACAAGAAGCGUGCAGUACCCGAUGGGGAUGCCGAUGUCGACAGCGAUGGCGAAACAACAUCUCCCAAGGAUUAUGAUGAAGCUGCCGAAGGAAUGGACACCAAUCCUGGCUCAGAUUUCGUGAGUGACUUCAACAAUCGUUUCGUCAUUCACAAUAUGCAGUUGAAGUGGAACAACCUCUUGAGGAACAUAAUCCUUCGAUACAUACACCAAGUCAGCCAGAGGCGCGGAUUCGUCUACUAUCUCUCCAGACGAGCUGUCAAGUUCAUUCUCGAUAUUGUUGACGAACAGAACAAGGCGAAGGCAGCAAAGCAACACCCGUCGCCAGAGACCGAUGGCUCUCGUAGAGGCUCUGCAGCUGAUGUUCCGUACGGCGAGCCUGGUCCUCAAGAAGUCGAAGAGCGGAUCAACGAGCUUCUCGCCGAUGGCAGGGACUUUAUCAACGCAGACGACACUGAUACCCAGGAGGAUCCGGCUCUAGAAAAGGGUGAGAAGGUUUCCUCCGAAGAUCUCCGUACUGGCAUUGGCCGCGAGUUCACGCCACAGAACAGCUACCACGUACGACUUAUCGCUCCUCAGAUUCAGCUCCAAAGCGAGAAGAAUCCUAAAGCUGUGGUUCUGGUCACCGCCAAGGGUAUGGAGCUAAAAGUUAUCGAGGUCAUGGACAAAGACCGCAUAUCGGACGUCAUCAGUGGUCUGGUGCAGCGCCGAUUUUCCGUGGAGAUGGACAGCACACAGUUCUUUGUCACGCAUCAGAAGUGGUUCUCAUCACAGCUCUUGUCAAUGUACUCUGGAAAUCAUUAUGGUGUACCCGCUGGUACUGCCUGGCCACCCUGGGUACCCAUGGAAGUCAUGUUUGACUUUAAAGUUGAUCCAUUCGGCUUCAAACGGAUUGUCCAAAAGACCUCCGCUACCUUGAGGUACGACAAGUACAACACAUUGCGACUCAAGUACAACGAUGAGAUUAGCAGCGAAGGCACUUAUGCGGCCGCUGAAGACAAUGUCGAAAAUCGGAUGGAUCAUCUCUACGUCGAGUUCCCCCAGAUCUUCGCCAUCUGCAACUCAGCCCAGUAUUAUGCGAUGUACAUCAUCGUACUGGACCUUCUGAUGUACAGCGAGCCUCUGGAGAAGACCAGAAAUGAACGUUUGGAGAAGAUCAUGCUUGCAUCAGACUUCAGUGAUUUACGAGGUGCCCCGGAAAUGGUCAUUCGUUUGCAGGAACGGAUUCGACAGCUAGAAGAGAUCAAGGACCUAUUCCAGAUGAACUCCAAGUUUUUGGACAUGAAAGGGUGGGAAGAUAGGCUUGCUGUUGACAGGGACCUAGCCAGCUGCGAGGAUGAACUGUUUUUCAUGAUGAAAGCCAUCACCUCUUCGCAGAGAAAAUACGACGCAACACAGACCAGCGGGUUGCUCAGGUGGAUCAUUUCGUCGAGUCAAAUUGUUUGGCAUCUCAUCCGGGACAACAAUGAGCCGCUGAUGGAAUUUCAACUUCAACACGCCGAGUACGAUCGAGUGGACAAUUCAGAUGGGUCGCACAUGAAUUCCAUGUCGAUAGGGAAGAUCAUUGGGCUCAACCUUUUGCCAGAUGCUAUCUAUCCCGAGAUGUUUGCUCCCUACUCUGAUCCUGAGCGCGGAGUUUUCAACGAAGGCGAAAACAACAAGAUGUUGAGUGUAAACUGGAACAUGCUCGAAGCAAUUGCAGGUAUUCCUGUGAUGGACCGGUUCGAAGUCAAUCUCUUCCCUGUGAAAAUUCAGCUCGAACGUGAGGUCGGAAAACGACUCUUCGAUUAUAUGUUUCCUGGCACCAAUGAUACAAAGCCUACAUCGCCGUUCAUGGUUAAAUACAUGCAACCCGUGGACGACGAGGGUGAGGAUGAGAACGGGGAAGAGCAAAGCACACCCACUAUGGAGAAGCAACCUAAUAUCGUAGCUAGAGACAAGCAUAACAACGAAUAUAAACCACGAGCAGGAUCAUUUGAGCUGCGUCUCCAGCCGACCAUGAACUCGGAAGCUCGUCCGAGCACCUCGUCCGCGCGCAAAUCAAAGGCUUCUAGCGUGUACGGACACGGACGAGAACACGAGAGCAAUCAUUUCAGACUGUUCCAGUCAAGCAACAAAACCUCUGCAAAUUCUCGGGGUGUGUCCGCAAAGACUCUGGCCAGGAAACCAUCGAGCGAAAGCCUACAGUCCAGUAUGGCAUCGCGGCCAACUCUAGGCCGGACGUUGACCGUGGGCUCCGCAAAUGAUGCUAACUCAACCCAUACGACUAACAGCGACUCGAAGAAGCGGUUCGGGAUUCAUCGCCACCCAGGUAAGAAGGCAGAGCCGUCUGAUGACCUGACGAAGAUGAUGUCUCGAGCAUCUGAGUACAUGACACUUGCACAUGUCAAGAUAACAAGUGUCGUACUCUGUCUGAGUUAUAAAGGGAACGGGGAGCGUAACCUUGAAGAUGUUCACGACUUCGUCUUCCGCCUGCCUUCUAUUGAGUAUCGUAACAAGACUUGGUCGAACCUCGACCUUGCGCUCGCUCUGAAGAAAGAUGUUAUUCGAGCCUUGAUUUCCCACACCGGUGCUAUCAUCAAAAAUAAGUUCAAGCAUCGGCCAACGACUGCUCAGCAGCAUCGCCUCCGAGAACUUGCCACAAGUAGCAUGCUUCUGAAUCCUUCCAGCCAAGACAACUUGCACGACAACAGCGAUGCAAGCAGUUCUGUGUUCGAAACGAGUCUCAGCGCUGCUCGAUCUGAUCGGUCGAGAAGUCCCCGGCGAUCUUUCACGUCGAGUAACAGUAUCGGCCUCAGCCAAUUGAACCGGACACCUAGCGACUCCAGCAGCGUUCUCUCGAAGCAAUCGCGCAACCAAAGCAUCCAAUCUUCGCUGAUGAUGACCCCGAUGGUGCAACGGGAUACUAUCAAGACAGACCCCGACAGCGAAAUGCCUGGUCCGAAGAGCGGGAAGAGCAAUCACGAGUCGGGGCUGCUGGCUACGCUGGGUCGCUUGAAGAAGAAGGAUAAGGAUAGCUCGCCAGGCUCGAGUGGAGGCCAGACGCAAGACAAUAAUGAUGAAUCGACGAAGAAGAAGAAGGGCAUACAUUUCAAGAAGAUCCUCGGUGGCUUGUCGAGCGACCACUGA